AGAAGAAGUUUCAAUGUGUGUUUGAGGGGAUCACUAAAGCAGGAAGCCCAACCCUUCUGAAUGAGAUCUACACAGAGCUCUUCAUCACAGAGGGAGGAAGAGGAGAGCUGAAUGAAGAACAUGAGGUCAGACAGAUUGAAGCAGCAUCCAGGAAAGCAGACAGAGCAGAAACAAGCAUCAGACAAUAAGAGCUCUUCCAACUCCCAGCUGGAAGACCAGAACCAAUCAGAACCGUGAUGACUAAGGGAGUGGCUGGCAUCGGGAAAACAGUCUUAACACAGAAGUUCACUCUGGACUGGGCUGAAGGCAAAGCCCACCAGAACCUCCACUUCACAUUUCCAUUCACUUUCAGAGAGCUGAAUGUGCUGAAAGAGGAGAAGUUCAGCUUGGUGGAACUUGUUCAUCACUUCUUCCCUGAAACCAAACAAGCAGGAAUCUGCAGCUUUGAAGACUUCCAGGUCCUCUUCAUCUUUGAUGGUCUGGAUGAGAGUCGACUUCCUCUGGACUUCCACAAGACUCAGAUCCUGAAUGACCAUAGAAAGUCCACCUCAGUGGCUGAUCUGCUGACAAACCUCAUCAGGGGGAACCUGCUUCCCUCUGCUCACCUCUGGAUAACCACACGACCUGCAGCAGCCAAUCAGAUCCCUGCUGAGUGUGUUGACAUGGUGACAGAGGUCAGAGGGUUCAAUGAUCCACAGAAGGAGGAGUACUUCAGGAAGAGGUUCAGAGAUGAAGAGCAGGCCAGCAGGAUCAUCUUCCACAUCAAGAGAUCCCGAAGCCUCCACAUCAUGUGCCACAUCCCAGUCUUCUGCUGGAUCACUGCUACAGUUCUGGAGGAUCUGAUGAAGAGCAGAGAGGGAGGAGAGCUGCCCAAGAGCCUGACUGAGAUGUACAUCCACUUCCUGGUGGUUCAGGCCAAAGUCAAGAGGGUCAAGUAUGAUGGAGGAGCUGAGACAGAUCCUCACUGGAGUCCAGAGAGCAGGAAGAUGAUGGAGUCUCUGGGAAAACUGGCUUUUGAGCAGCUGCAGAAAGGAAACCUGAUCUUCUAUGAAUCUGACCUGACAGGGUGUGGCGUCGAUGUCAGAGCAGCCUCACUGUACUCAGGAGUGUUCACACAGGUCUUUAGAGAGGAGAGAGGCCUGUACCAGGACAAGGUCUUCUGCUUCAUCCAUCUGAGUGUUCAGGAGUUUCUGGCUGCUCUUCAUGUCCACCUGACCUUCAUCACCUCUGGAAUCAACCUCAUGAAGGAACAGAAGAAAAAAUCCUUAAAGAUUCUCAAACUGAAACAAAUUAGUCCAGUCCAGUUCUACCAGAGUGCUGUGAAGAGGGCCUUACAGAGUCCAAACGGACACCUGGACUUGUUCCUCCGCUUCCUCCUGGGUCUUUCACUGCAGACCAAUCAGAAUCUCCUACAAGGUUUGCUGAUUCAGACAGGAAGUAGCUCACAGACCAAUCAGGAAACAGUCCAGUUCAUCAAGGAGAAGAUCAGUGAGGAUCUGCCUGCAGAGAAAAGCAUCAACCUGUUCCACUGUCUGAAUGAACUGAAUGAUCGUCCUCCAGUGGAGGAGAUCCAAUGGUUCCUGAGGUCAGGACGUCUCUCCACAGAGAAACUGUCUCCUGCUCAGUGGUCUGCUCUGGUCUUCAUCCUACUGUCAUCAGAAGAAGAUCUGGAAGAGUUUGACCUAAAAAAGUACUCAUGUUCAGAGGAGGCUCUUCUGAGGCUGCUGCCAGUGAUCAAAGUCUGGAACAAAGCUCUGUAA